CUGUUGUGGUUGUUUGACAGCUCGGCGAAAGAGAAAAAGGCUACCGUGGCUUUGGUGAAUGGACGGUCCGCUGCCGCAGAUUUACCGCUUCCAGCUCGCCCAUUGCAAAAUUCAGCCUCACGUCUACAUCGUGAGAAUGACGAACCGUGGUCGUGAAAGCGUGCUUCAAUCUCUGUGAAAAAACAGCAAAAGGCAGACGAAGUUCCUUAGCAUGUUUGCCGUCUCCAAAGGUGUAGCCGCGAACAAUGCUCCCCUGCUGAGGGCCCGAGCUUCUUCGGGCGUCAACCCUCAGAAGGCGGGAAACCCAGAGCAGCCGCUACAACAACGGGGGCCGAAUUUUCAGCGAGCGGCCGAUAUGAGCGCGUCACGGCCGCCCUACAGCCAAGCCAACGGGCGGCGGUCGCAGAGUGGUGCCAGGGGCGACACAACCGACGUUGCCUCGCAGAACCACGAGCAAGUGGCAAGCUACCUGCACACCCUGUGGAAGCGAACCUGCAACGAGCUAGAGCUGUCCCAACAAGCCACAGCAGCCUACGAUGGAAACCAUCGCAGUGUCGUCUACUACCAGGAAAAAGAGCCCGACGAGACGCGCCGGUAGUUUGCAGAGCAGGUGACGGCAGCACGGGUGUCGACGCGUGGUGCGUGUGGCCAAAGAAGUUGCCAAAGCGCGGAUCCCUUUGCUUCACUGAAACCCCCUGUCCUCGGUGAAGUGCGAACAUCCCAGCCUUCUAUAACAAGUGUUCAUAUUAUGUCUUUCGACAUGUCUAGCAGCCAGGAUGCAUUGAACCUGUGGCUAUGCCGCCCUGUUAAAAGAAAAAAACUUCAUAAUGACGGCACCCGCCAUGAAAUGGCCGGAUGUACAUAUUUAUGAGUGACUGUUCUCAAAUCAAGCCUGGAAAAUGACGUCUCGGAGGUCGAUAUGGUUUUAUUGCGUAAAGACUAUUUUCUAAUUGAAAAUGUAAAAAGGCAUUUUUGCACCUAAUAUGAUUUUUUUCCCCUCAUGUGAAUCGAGCUCCAGGGCUCUGCAUGUUUUUGUUUUUUUUUUUUCGACGCUUUUUGCCUUUUAAUCUUACGUCACACAUUUACAAGUGACUGUUCUCAAAUCAAGACUGGAAAAUUACAUUUCUACAGUCCAUAUGGUUUUAUUGUGCAUGGACUAUUUUCAAAACUAAAAUGGAUAAAGUAUUUUCGCUCCUAAUGCGAUUUUUUCGCGUCAUGUGAGCAGAGUUCCAGGACUGCAAGUUUUUUUUUUUUUUCUGGCGCUUUUUGCCUUUUAAUCUAUCUUGGUCACAUUGACCAACCUGAGGCUACUAGCAUACGUCUAUACGUCUUGAUUGAAGAAUGGAAUGGUUUUAAAACACAUUAUAUUGACUUUUCUUAAUGUACCUAAUUGCCAGUGCUGAACGGUAAGCAGUUUUUACACUCCUGUUGGCUUCCGUCAAGUGCUGGCCCACGUUUUUUUUUUAUUUUUUCAGAUAUAUUUACUGUACAUAGUCAUGCUUGCUUUCUUUGUAUAUUUUAACAAGAUUUUGGGAGGCUUGUUGCUGAAGUUGAAGUGUACUGACCUUGUUGACAUUGUGGACAAAAUUUGUGCCGUGCGACCAGUGCUCCUCUGCGAUGGAACAUGCGUAUAAACGCCCAAGAAUGUUAGAACAUUUAGGGGAACUGGCACACGUGGAGGUGUGUUGAUCGUCAACAAUGCCUCAACAUUUGAACCUCUCGACAAGGAUCAAGGAUUUCAUCCUGAGGAUACAUGUUGCGUUGACAGGCCGCUGUGUUCACCUGCGGCCACAAGCACGAAGCCAAGCUCUUUGUCUUGUAAAUGCAGCACAGUGCAUUGCACUAUCUGCAGCCAAAAAUGGCCACGGUGUGCUUUCCUGACAGCAAUAGCGUAAAUCUACACGCAGCGCUGUUCAGUUGUAGCGCUGUUCAAUGCAGUACCAAGAUUUCUUGAGGAAGGCAGUGUAUAAAUUGUGUACAGUAUUUAUAUUUCUUAUUGUUGCAACACAAUCGACGCCUUUGUUGUCGCUGAAAUCUUGGACAUCAUCGUGUCGCAACUACCGUACAGCUUGCAAGACGUGGUACUUGUGGGUGCAUUUUAUUUUUGUGGCGUCCAGCAGGCUUUUGCCGCUGUCCUAUGCAGAUGUGUGGCAACGACAUGAGGCUGUUAUUUAGCCAC